AUGUUAUUGCUACUGUUUGUACAUAGCUCCGUUUGUCCGAAAUUCGUUACACGGCGCGCCGGUGCCCAUCGCGACGACCGCGAUCCGCCGCACUCCGCGGCGCGACGUCGACGAUGUACUACGGCGCGCCGUCGAAGCGGGUGCGCGGACGCGCGCGCGACGACGACGCGCGACGACGCGCGAACGAACGCGCGAACGGGACGAGCGUCGACUGACCGAGAUACGAACGACGCGCAGGGCGUCCCGACGGACAUCGCGAGCGCGCUGCACGCGCACGCGAGCGAAGCGCUCUCGCCCGACGACGCCGACGGCGCGGCGGGAGAUUUCGCGGAGACGCAGCGGCUGCGCGACGCGGCGACGACGAGCGCGAACGAAGGGAGCGAAGACGUCGAGGCGUUCGCGGAGUAUUAUCGCGCGCUGCGAGCGUUGGAGUCGAGGAUACCGAUAUCCGAGGGCGCGGGACACGCGAGGGUGGAGUUUGAGUGGUUCGACGUCGGUCGAGGGGUGAAGGCGGCGCCGGGGACGAUCGCGUCGAGGGACGCGGAGUACGAAAAGUGCGCGGUGUUGUACAAUUACGCGGCGGCGUUGUCCAGGCGAGGGGCGCGAGAGGCGAACGCGGGAAGGUCGGAUGAGGGGAUAAAGCGCGCGUGUGCGGCGUUUCAGCAGUCCGCGGGAGCGUUUGAGAUGUUGGCGGAUGUGAGCGAGCGAAAGCUCGGGCAGUUUGCGGCGAGCGCCGACGUCGGGCGAGAUUUUUGUGAGACGAUGAUCAAGCUUCACUUGGGGCAAGCGCAAGAGUGCUUUUACGAAAAGGCAAAGGCAAAGAAGAGCAGUCACGCUAUAGUCUCGAAGUUGGCGCAACAGGCGCGAGUGUACUACGAAGACGCGUUGGAGGGGGCGGGGAAAUUGGUUGGGUACUUGGACGAAGACUUGACGCAAUACUUGAACUUCAAGCGCGCGUACGUCGGUGCGGAGGCGUUUCGACUCGCCGGAAAGAUCGUGUUAGACGCCGACGAAACAAACGUCGGACCCGCUGUCGCGAGAUUGCGUCAAGCGCGAGAUUUACUCGCGCAGACGAUUCGAGACGCGCGCGUCGUGUCGAGCGACGCUGAACUCGAGCGAACGAAAAAAUUUAUAGACGAAGUCAUCGCGCCCGAACUCAAGGCUGUCGAGCGCGAUAACGAGUGCGUGUACAUGGAACGCGUGCCAAAGUUUGAGGAUUUGCCCGCGCUCGCGGCAGCGAACAUGGUGAAACCAAUUCAACCGCCCGCCGAACAUCUCUCUCCAGUCGACGUGAAGCUCUUCCAAAGCAUCGUUCCCGACAGCGGCGCCAAGGCACUGAGUCGGUACACCGAGAUGGUGGAUGAAUUGAUUCGAAACGAAACCGACACGCUCGCUAUGGCUAGUGACGAAGCCCGCGUGGCUUUGCGCGAGAUGGAGCUUCCCGAAACUCUCAUCGCUUUGUCGACGCCCGUACCGCUCGGCGGCGAUUUAGAAGAACGAGUCGGCGCAUUCCGCUCAUCCGGGGGCGCGGGUGCGUUAUCGGCAAGUCUCUCUCGCGUGGACGAGCUCAAUCGUCAAUGCUCAAAUAUCGUGCAAACAAUUCGUGAGACUUUGGACACAGAGGCCGCGGAAGAUGCCGCAUCGCGCGCUGUCCACGGCGAAGGCGCGUGGCGUCGGGAAGCGUCGUCGUCCAAAAAUAGAGAAAUGAUGCAAGUGUUGAAGCGCUACGAGGUCGAUUUAGAAGUCGCGACGAAGAGCGAUACCCAACUUAAAGAACGCCUUGAAGGCGCUGGAGGCGUGCUGGAGGUGCUUUCUGAGGAGAACAUCAAGAAUAACGCGCCGACGUUGACUCAACCCUUGGCGCUCUUGGAGGAUGACGCCUCCGUGGCGUCGGAAAUGCAAGCAACUUUGGAAGAUCUCGAAGCCAUCGGAAACGAGCGAGCUGGGAUCGAAGAGUUGAUGCGUAAGACAAAGUCGGAAGACAACAUCCUCACAAAGCUCAUGGCGCAAUCGGGCGAAAGUCUCGACGCUCUUUUCAAAGAAGAGAUGAAGAAAUACGACCAAAGUAAGGAUGGCGUUAUGCUCAACAUUUCAAAGCAAGCGGACGCGCUCUCUCGUUUGCGCACGUUGCACGAAAAGUUCGUCACGAUUUACGACAUUGAAGCACUACGACGGGAUGUUGAAUCGCACGAGCAUAGCGUACGCCACGCAUUGUCUAUUGUCGGCGAUUUGCGCUCAGGAAUGGAGCAAGGCGUUCGAUUCUAUUCGGGAUUUCUUGACGCAGCGCGUCGCACGCUGACGGACGUUCAAGAGUACGCGAGUGCGCGUCGACUGGAAAAAGAAGCGAUCGCCGAAGAGCUGCGCGUUCAAAAAGCACGCGCUGACGAGCGUGCGGCGCAGAUGGCUACUCAAAUGAACCAGAUGCACUUUCACCAGCCGCCGCCUCCGCCGCAACAGUACUACCAUCCUUCGGCCCCCGCGUAUCCUUCGCCCGCCUAUGGCGCUCAACCCCCGCCUCCUCAUUGGCAAAACCAGCCAGGAAGGUAUGCGAACUGGGAAAAUCAAUCUUGA